AUGACGCUGAAAUUCCUUGUCACCGGCGGCACUGGCUACCAAGGUGGAGCCACCAUCCAUUACCUUCUCGAAAAGGGUGCAACUGUUCACGCCCUUGUCCGUAAUCCUGACUCCGCGGCUGCUCAAAAGCUCAAGGAAAACGGCGUCGUGAUUUUCAAGGGGGGCUUCGAUGAUGUCGAAGCCAUCAAGGCGGCUACCAAGGGCGUCGAUGGUGUUUUCCAGAACCUUAGCCCUACAUGGCCCGCCGAACAACAAAUCCAACAAGCUAAGAACUUCGUCAAUGCAGCCCUCGAAGCGGGGACUGUGAAGUCAUAUGUCGUCUCUACUGCAUUUCAUUGCUCAGACCGCAGGAUCUGGGGAGAUUAUGACCCUAGCCACGGACUGCACAUCUAUUAUACGACAAAGUCAGCAGUGGAGGACGUCGUCAAGCAGGCCGGAUUCCCAAGUUACACCAUCCUACGACCAGCUUGGUUAUAUCAGAACUACCUCGUUCCACAAUCAGGUUACCAUUUCCCAGAACUAUCCACUGAGGGGCUGUUAGCGCAUGUCUACGAGCCAAACACCAGAAUGCCACAUUUCGACGCCGACAAUGUGGGACAGUUCGCCGCUGCGGCACUCACAGAACCCGAAAGGUUCAAUGGACAUGAGAUCGAGCUAGGUAACGAGAAUUUGACACUACAAGAGACAAGGAAUCUGCUCAGUAAAGCUGCUGGAGUCGAUAUCAAGACACGGAUGAGAAGCAAGGAGGAGGUGAUUGAAAUGGGUUUCAAGGUUGGCACGUUAAUUUUCCAACAACUUGCCAACGAGAAGGACCUCAGUAUUGAUGGACAAGCAUUAGUAAAUAAGUAUGGAAUUCCUUUCAACAACUUCGGAGAUGUUAUGACAAGGGAGAAAGAAGACCUUCUGAAGUCUAUUCCGGCCGCCAAAUGA